UCUUCUUCAACAACUGUUGCCCAAGUUCAAAAGGAAAGCUAAUAAAGAACUUGAGGAGAAGAACAGCUUAAUUGCAACAGAUAAGGCAGAAAAGAUCCAGCCUCUUGUGGAAGGAUACAACAUCCAGAGUCCCCAUGGCACUUCUUCCAUUUAUUGAUAUGUGGGAGUUGGGUAUGUACCAAAAUUCCAAGCUUUAAUGAAAUAACCAGAAUAACAGACUGCUUUCAGCUGUGCUAAUUUGUAAGAACUGCCACUAAUCCAUACCUGUGACAAUAAGAAAAACUGGAAAAACCCUGCUGGUUAAAACAUGAUAGGGCUAUCCUGCCACAAAGCUUUCACUUCCACCUCAUCCUACUUCAUCCUUAGAGCAGCUAAAGGCUUUCAUUCUGUCCAGAUUGCAGUUUAUCCAUGUUCAUCCUUAGAGCGUGUAUCCCUAAGACUCCUGAAUUUUUUUUUGGUGUUUGCAAUUGAUCAAGACCCUGAGGUACAUGUUAAAGACUGAUGGGGUUAUUGGCAGAUUGUGAGCACACAUGCACACUUCCCUGAAAAUUGGGUUUCUAAUAGGGUACACAGCUGUAAAAACAGCUGUUUAAAUACAAGUGAAGAUUCAGGUGCACAGUCUUUGCAUUUUGGGUAGUGAUACCUGAUAUGUGGAUGAUAAUUUUUAUAAAAAUUGCUACCUGGUGGAAGUAAUGAGACAGAAUGUGUCUCACACUUGUGCUCUGUCUGAUUAAGGGAUAAAGAUGCUACUGUUACCACAGAAACAUAAAUGAGGAACCAUUGGGAUAAUGUGUUUUAAGGGAUCUUAUCCCAUACAUAUUUUGUGAUCUAUACUCUUGCACUAGAAUAGAGAUCAGUAGCUAUUAAAUUUAAAGAUCUUAAACCAAGAAUUGGACAGCACUGAAAUCUCCCUUUUUUUCCUCCCCCAUCAUAGUUCUGUUUUGGAACAGCAAGAAUAUUCAUUGUGCUUUUACAGUUCAGGAGAUUCCAGUCCUGGUGUGCAAGGACACAAAAGCACCACAGAGUAUUUUAGGACAAGACACAAAUCCCACAUUAACUUUUUCUUAGGCUUUACUGUUUUCUAACUUUCAGUGUUAACAUCCAAUUCUUAAGUCUUUUCAGACAAACAGUGCUAUUGACAUUGGUUGUUUACUUAGUCUUGUUAAGAAAUGCACUACAUUUUGAAAGAAAAGUUGGUUUCUGUUCCUGUGUGAACUUGUGUUAGUUGUGGAAAUGCUCAUCACUUAUUCUGCAGUAUUUCAAUUCUAUUCAAUACAUUCUUUUACCAGAAUGCUGCAAGAAGAUCCUGUUUUGUUUCAGCUCUAUAAAGACCUUGUUGUGAGCCAAGUAAUCAGUGCUGAAGAAUUCUGGGCCAACCGUUUAAGCCUGAAUGCAGGGGAUAAUUCUGCAGCACCUAGUAAGCAGGAUGUGGGCAUCUCUGCAGCAUUCCUGGCUGAUGUACGGCCUCAGACAGAUGGCUGCAACGGGCUGAGGUAUAACUUGACUUCGGAUAUUAUUGAAUCCAUAUUUAGGACAUACCCUGCAGUAAAAAUGAAAUAUGCAGAGAAUGUUCCACAUAACAUGACCGAGAGGGAAUUCUGGACACGAUUUUUUCAGUCUCAUUAUUUUCAUCGGGACAGGCUCAAUACAGGCUCAAAAGACCUCUUUGCAGAAUGUGCCAAACUGGAUGAGAAAGGGUUAAAAGCAAUGGUGUCUCAAGGAGUGAAAAAUCCUCUGAUAGAUUUAACAGCUUUGGAAGAUAAAACAUUAGAUGAAGGCUAUGGUGUUGCUUCUGUGGCCUCUACAUCAAAUGCCUCAAAGUCUGCUAGAGAAAGUAGCAAUGCUGCCAUCAUAAAACGCUUUAAUCAUCAUAGUGCCAUGGUCCUUGCAGCUGGCCUCAGGAAACAAGAAGCACAAAAUGACCAUUACAGUGAGACCAGCAGUACGGAUGGAAACUCCAGGGAUUCAGAUUUCUUUCAGCCACCACUGAAAAAGGUAAAACUGCAGGAGGCCAUUGAAUAUGAAGAUUUAUCAAAGAAUAAUACCGUUAAAACUAUUGCACUAAACUUAAAGAAGUCUGAUAGGUAUUACCAUGGUCCAACUCCAAUUCAAUCACAGCAAUAUGCAACCAGUCAGGAUAUAAUUAAUUCAUUUCAUAGUAUUAGACAAGAAAUGGAAUCAUAUGUACCCAAACUAACUCAGGUCCUUUCAAGUGGUGAUGCUGCCAGCACUAUUGCAGUCCUGUCACCUGGAGGAGCACUUAUGCAGGGUGGAACACAGCAAGCCAUAAACCAGAUGGUGCCAAAUGACAUUCAGUCUGAACUAAAACACUUGUAUGUGGCAGUAGGGGAACUGCUACGACACUUCUGGUCCUGCUUCCCUGUUAACACACCAUUCCUAGAAGAAAAGGUUGUGAAAAUGAGGAGCAACUUGGAAAGAUUUCAGGUUACAAAGCUCUGCCCAUUCCAAGAAAAGAUUCGGAGACAAUAUUUAAGCACAAAUUUGGUAAGUCAUAUAGAAGAGAUGCUGCAGACAGCCUACAAUAAGUUCCACACGUGGCAGUCCCGGCGCAUGCUGAAGAAGACGUGAGGGCACAUCCUGUACAGGUCUGAGAGCAAAGCCUGCAAUAGGGUAGGACUACAGCCUAGGUAUGUGCAGAUCUUAGAGUUGUUGCAGGAAGACCUGCAAGCUGUGGACUUCUGGAAACGAUGCUAACUGAACUUGCACAUUUUUGAAAAAGAACUGAGAUUAAACUUGAAAACUGGGGAGAAAAACAAGGAAGAACCAAAACGGAAGAGCUGAGGCGCAAAUAUAUUUAAAAGACACUGUUUACUGCAGUUACUCAGGAACUGCUUUUGAUUUGCAUAAGGAGCUGCUUUCAGAAAUAAAAAAAUUUAAAGAGGGUGUAUUAUUAAAAUUUGUUUUUCUGUCUAAUUUUUUUUAAGAAGUGUAUGGCACAGGGUAGAUCUCAAAAGUUUUUCUUCACUGGAUUCUGACAUUUUCUUGAAUUCUGUUUGUACUUUCUGCAACAGUUUAACAAUGAUGUUUUAAAACAUAGCUGAGACUGUUUUUGCUUCAAACAUCUGGGAGAGCAUAGCUGUCAGAAGACAAGCUCCUGCCAUAUGUUUCCCCACCAAUUGGAAGCAAGAGACAUUGCACUGAAAGCUGUUUAUGGUCUGGGGUCCCUAGAGGUACACAGAGGCAAACUUUUGCCUGAAGUCUUCGAUUUUUAUGCAAAAAUUUUUCAGCCAUCAAAGUUUUGCAUGUUUCCUUUUGAGUGCAAGUGUGUGCUACUGCAAUUUUUUUUUUUUAUGGUGGCAUUUGUUCUGAGGAGAGAAUGCAUUUUUAAAAAUGAAGUUAAAUAAAGUUUCUUACAAAAGAAAUCAUUUAUUUUCAAUUCUUAGGCAUUUUUUAUUUCUUCUCCUAAAUCUGUUUUCCUUCACCCUUCCCUUUUGACUAUUACACUGUUUUUGGCGAAUUGAUAAUCAUUGCAAAGAGAAAAAUGUGUUAUUUACACAGUGUCCAUAGGUAUUGGGAAUCUGUGCCAUACUUUGUUCUAAAUAGAAUCAGUUCAGUUUCAGACCAAUUUGUCUUGUAUUAAAUGUGACUUAAAUGCAAAGUAACCCCCUUUUCUAUAAUAUAUGCAGUUUAAUGACAACCUUGUAUUUUUUUGUCACUUUGACUGGACAAAAGCCCAGUAUGGGCUACUGAACUUUUUUACUUCAGAUUAAAUGUGACUGUUAAAGGUGCAUCUACUACAAAGACAAAUCAGACAAUAUGUAUUCAAAGUAAGCACAGCAGUGUUCAGUACAGCAGAAGAAAUUCCCCAAACCUGCAUGAUGGCUCAAUACUACAUUUUGGUAUGAUGCUAAAACAUGGUAGUAUGAUGUUGGGUGGAUAAUUAUUGAAAAUUUCUACAGCAGAAAAGAUGUAUUGGUGUAGCCAAGUGGGUGCUUGUUCUGUGCUGCUGCUCCAUUUAUGCAAGAGGGGUUUUUUCUUUAACUGAUGCGUGGAAGUCAGCAGCUUCUUUUGACCCUUUUCUUUCAGAUUUUUGUAUUAUGCUAUAAUAUUUUGGUAAAAGCUGAGUUUCAGUUAAGCAUCACUGUCUGCACCAAAGUCCUCUUCAGAAAUGUGUGCAUAUUGUUCAGCCUUGUUCCCUAUCUGCUGCUGCAGAUCCAUGCAUGAUCCCUGCUCUGUGCCGUCCGUAUGGUUCUGCUACAAGAAAUGACUGGGCUCAACCAGAGAUCCCACUGGUCUUGACAGGGUGAAAAUGUCACUGAGAAUUAACAGAUGUAGUACAGCACUUGGGGGAUGAGGUGCACAUCUUGUCAGGAGUUGCCUCUUGUGAGAAUUAAACUGUUUCUCUAAAUUUUAGGCUUAGGUUGUAGCCUCAUGAAGCCAAAUCCCCUUUUUAAGUGCAGGCAGCUUCCAGAAAAAAGGGUAGUUUUGUUCUCCCCCAAUCCAAAGCACUUGGUCUAGCAAUUCUGGAGCCAAAUUCCAACUGUUCCUUGAAAGAUAACACACCUUCCAUCAUAUCAGAGGGCUAGGGUCAAGAAAACAGGUCUGACUUACAUUCUAACUAUGCCUGAAGCUAUGAACAACACAUUUAAAUAUUAGACUGCACUGAGACUUCAUUUAAAAAAAUCCUAGGAGAGUUUUGAAUAUGGAACUAAUUCACCUUUAAUUGGAAUGUAUUUAGUGUUCCUGGAAAGACUGGGCAAAAUGGUUAACAUGGUGAAAAAGUGUCAGUGCAUCACAAGAACAUUUUACAGCUCCAAGGACUGAUGUUUAUCACCAUUUUGGGGAUGGUAUUACAAUAGCUUUAAGUUAUUAUAAUGAUAUCAGGCUAUCAAAAUGUACCUUAAUGACCAGAACAAAGGGGAGGAGGACUAUGAUACUAAAUUCAACAGUUUUGCCUAAUGACUGUACAGGCAAGGCUGCUAUGCACUUCAUAUUGCUUUUUCAGGUAUUGUGGCAAUAAGGCACAGGCCCCUCCUCAAGUAAAGGGAGGUAAACUAAAUAUUCUUUCUACAUUGUGUUCCCUUUUCUGUAGCAUGGUCCAAAACACAGAUUCAUUCCUUAAGUUUUGAAACUGAAUCAUCAUGCAUUAUAUUACUAUUGGAAUCUUUAUACUGACUUGUAUUUUUAAUGAGAAUUCAUAAAACUUGUAUCAUUGGCAUUGAUCUAAGAUUUGUAGAAUAAACCCUACUGAAUUCUGAA